AUGGCCGCCGAAGUCUCCAACACGAGGCUCUACCUCGGAAACCUCCCUCGCAAUGCUACCAAGGCCGAUGUGGAGAACCAUUUCAACACUCAUGGCACUGGAGAAAUUACCGAGAUCAAACUCAUGAAUGGGUUUGGUUUCAUUGAGUACAAGGAUGCGAUGGAUGCUCGCGAUGUAGUCCCAGCUUUUCAUGGAUCCGAGUUCAUGGGCGAACGUCUUGUCGUUCAGUUCGCACGCGGAAGCAACCGACCCCGGGAUGGCUUCGAGCAACAGCCCCGUAUGGCUCCUCGCCCUCGCCGGACAGUCCACCGCAUGACCAUCAGUGGCCUUCCUUUCGAGACCAGCUGGCAGGAUCUAAAGGACUUUGCACGUCAGUCCGGAUUGGAUGUGGUGUACAGUGAAGUCGGCCGCGAUCGCGAUUCGCAGGGCAACGCAAGAGGAUUUGUCGAAUACGAGACCGCCGGUGACCUCGCAGCGGCCGUCGAGAAACUCCACGACUCCGAGUUUAAGGGUGCUCGGGUGCAGUGUAUUUCCGAUACCCAAAGCGAGAUUCCUCGUCCCCGUGAACGCUUCCGAUCUCGUUCGCCCGGCUACCGUGGCGGCGGUGGUGGUCCCGGCCGUGGCUAUGGCGGCGGCCCACCACCUCCUGGCGAUGAUUACUACGAUCGUCGCGGGCCUCCACGCGGAUACUCUCCACGCCGCGAUGACUACCGUCGUCGAUCUCCGCCUCCAGCCCGCGGCGGCUACUACGAUGACACCCGCGAUGAUCGCUACGGCCCCCCGCCGCGCGCCCGUCCUCCGGUCGAUGACUACCCCCCUCCUCCACGCUACGCCGAUGACCGUUACGGCGGCCCCCCGCCGCCACGCCGUCCGUACCCCGACCAAGAACCUUACGGCAACGGUCACGGCCGUGAGCCCUAUGGCCGUCCUCCUCGCGAUGAGCUGCGUGAUGGCCCCCGCGAAGGACCUCGUGAUCCUCCUCGCGGUGGCUACGACCGUGGUUACGAUGCUCCUCGCUACUAG